ACAGAGAGAAAAUAGUCACAAAACGUAUCUGACCUCCACAUCCUGUAAUUAGAAUUAUUGUGGUCUGGUACACUGCACCCAGUUUCUGCAGGAGUACUUUCUGGGUGUCUCUAAUGAGUAAGAGAGGGCCCCAUGGGAUAUUCCUACAGUUCCCAGAUGAACAGUGGGAAAGACUCUACGUUGACAAACCCCGGGGACCUGAAAACUCAGGUCCUCAAGGAGGGUAGAGGAUACCUGGACCCUGGCCCAGACCCCUAGAUGGGCUGUGCCAAGAGACCCAGCAAGGGAAGGGAUUCCCUCCUGCCUCAGGUUCUCUGUUCUUCUGUGGUUAGAAGACCUGAACCCAACUCCCUCCCCAAGCACUGGAGAUGGGGCUUUUCCAAGGGCUGGGGAUCUCGCUGUCCUAAGGACAGCUGAGCAAGGGGGUCGAGGAGGAGCUUGGUUGGUGGAGGAGAGGAAACCGGGUAAGAUGUGUGAAGCAGUCGGCUAUACCAGGCACAGAGAGGACCCACUGGGACACAAGAGCCUGCAUGUGAAGCCAGGCCUUGGGCCACCUUGUUCCUCAAAGGGGUGCUUACUUCCAUGGCAUCUUCAAAGGGACUGUGGAAAGAGAAGCCUUCAGCCCACACCUCUGAAUGCUUUUCCACCACAGCAUGCCCUGUGGCCUGUAUCCCGCUGGUGUGGAACAGUCAGACCCCUGCAGGGCUGCAGAGCCUCUGUACUGGGCGGCAUCCCAGCCUGAGUGCCAGAGCUCAGAGGGCAGGCCCCCGAGCAAGUAGAGAGGAGGGCACCUUUUGGACAGAACCUGUGGGACAAGAGCGACGUCUCAUCCAUUCAGAUUCCUCAAAAAAUGAGAGUCAGGAAGAUCAGGGUGCAGACCUGAUUUCCCACGAAGGGCUGAAAGCAGACAACCGGAGGGAGAGCAGCACCUGGGCCAAUGAGGUAGAAGACAGAAGACCACAGUGUACUUCUGCCCUCAACCUCACCCCCUCCCACCUACAUCCUCCACACCCCCUGACCACCUUCUUCAGAAACGUAAUAGGAAUCAAGAUCCCCCCUGGCCUGGUUGCUAUGGGAGGCACAGUGGCCUGAUGGAGCCUGAGGCAGGUGUGGGAAGAUGUGCAUUGUCUAACUGGAGGUUGGGAGUCCAGGGUGCAGAAGGAGAAGCUUGGAGUGCAGGAUUUGGUGGUAUGUGUGUGGCAGUAGGCACUGUGUUCUAAUUGCCAGUUUUUUUUCUUCUUCCUUUUUUUCUCUAGCUAAACAAGCACUGGCCUUGAGAUAAGCAAUGCUGAAGCACUUGCAGCUCACCUAUUACCAUAAACUGACUGAGCCCUCCCUACACAAGCCAUAACUACUGCUUUGAUUGGACAAGAGACUGAUUUCAGUAGUUUUCUCUUGAUAAGAGACCACUGGCCGUGGGCUGGUUCUGGACAGUUUACAGAAUCUAUGCACUUGAUUGCCUUUGUGUCCCUGCUUCACCUUUUGAAGCAUAGGGCCUAAUUAUAAUGUAUUUAAAUGUUGUCUCCACCCCAAAGUGAACAUGGGUUGCAUGUAACAGGCAUGUUUACUCAGCAUGCAUGCAGCAGGAUCCCUUCACAAAUAUUCAGAGCUCCCCCUAUUCCCUGUUGAAUAUGUAUAUGUGGCCAACCAGAUCAACGUAAAUCACUAUUCGCCCUCCCCUCCCUGGAAACCUACUUUUCGGGUUUCAGCAGGAAGCUAUGCCUCCCAGUCUGUCAGAAUGGCCACUUGCAGGCUGUAACCCUUUAUAAAAAAAUAAA